CAUCGAGCUACGAUAAUGGGUUUCGGAGCCCUAAGAUCCAUAAUCCGACCCGUUUUUUCAAGAGCAUAUCGACCCGGUUUAAGGUUAUCUGCAUUCAACUCUCCGGCGACAACAAUAUCUCCGGCACCGGAGCUCCGUCAUUUAUUCCGACUUUAUAGGGUUCCAUGGAUUCCACCAUCAUCAACUGCUGCUUUUCACAGCUUAACUGAUAGUCGUUUACCAAAGCGAAGGCCAAGUCACAAACCUAAACGUAAAAGAGCUAGCUUGAGACCUCCAGGUCCAUAUGCAUGGGUAAAAUAUACCCCCGGUGAACCUAUAAGUCCAAACAAUCCCAAUGAAGGAAGUGUCAAGCGGAGGAAUGAGAAGAAGAGAAUCGGGCAGAGAAAGGCAUUUAUAUUGGCUGAGAAGAAGAAGCGGAAAGCUCAGUUGCAGGAGGCACACCGGAAGAAAAUGAUUAAGCGAGUAGAGCGUAAGAUGGCUGCAGUUGCUAGGGAUAGAGCAUGGGCAGAAAGACUAGCAGAACUGAAGAAGCUCGAGGAAGAGAAGAAGAAUGCAGCCACGGCUUGAUAAUUGUUAUUGAGAACAGAGUUUCAAUCUACCUAAUUUUCUCUCUUCUUUUUGAGAUUGAAAAAACUUUCAAUCCUUAUUUAAGUAGGCACAAUUUCCUUCCAACUGUUACUGCUUUCAUGUUUUCUUGAGGUUGAUGUUUAAAUCUCCUUGUCUUUUGUUU